CCGGCUGAUUAUCUCAAUUAAUCCCCAAACGGGAGCGCCACAAGCGCCAAGAUGGCAGAGGAAAGUUCCAGCUUGUAUGCUGGUACUCAAAAUAAGGUUGUUUCCUUCAUAAACGGUGAACUGGGUGAAGAUAUUACGCAAUUAUCAAAAGCAAGUAAACUUUUAGAGAAAGCACGUGCAAAAAAGUUGGAGCUGGAAAAUAAGCUGUCAUCUGCUAGAAAAGGAGAUGGUGGCAUCAGUCAGUCACUUAACAAAGCAGAGUCAUCACUGAAGAAAAUUGAGGACCUGUUACAGAAACAGCAACAGGCUGCUAAAGACAUUGCAGAUCAUCUGGAAAAAGCACAGCCAGUGGUUGAACAGUUGGUGUCACUUAGCAGCAAAGUUCAGCAGUUGGAAAGAUAUGUUUACUAUCUAGAGUGGAUAUUGCAAGUAGAUGAAAUAAACUCAUCGAUACAAGCGGCAUUGCUGAUAAAAGCAGAGGAACGAUGUGUCAAACACUAUGCACAGCUGGCAGAGCUGAGCAAAACCAUCGCAGGGUCUUCUUGUUGUCAUCUAGUCAAAUUUGUCAAUGACACAUUAAUGUUCUGGUUUAAAAUUAUACUGGAAAAAUUUGGUGGCGAGUUUGAGGAAAUUCUGAAAGCUUUCAACUGGCCCUUUAUCACGUCAAACAUUUUAAAGCAGCUACCACAGCCAAGCAAGGAGCAUGUUGCCGAACUACACGCCAAAUUAGAUUCCUUGUUCGGCUCCCUUCUACAACUGCAAUUGCCAGAACAUCUAAUAGCAGAGGAUCCAAUUGUAGCCAUCAUUCCAGAGUGGAGACCACUUCCUCUUCCCCUUCAACUCUUGCUGAAGCCUCUUAGGAAAAGGUUCAAGUUUCAUUUUUGUGGGAAAAAAUUGACAAACAACAUCGAAAAGCCGGAGUGGUACAUGACGCAGGUGCUGAGCUGGAUUCGUGAUCACAGCGGGUUCCUGAAGAAGCGCAUACAGCCGCUGAUGGAUCGCGCCGGCCUUAAGUACAUGGACGCUGUGGGCGAGUUCUCACGGGGCCUCAUGCAGCUUGCCCUUGAGAAGCUUGCAGCUGACCUUCCCAUGAUCGAGGAUGACGUCGUGUUCUCGCACACCGUCGAUGAGACGCUGCUGUUCAACCGUGAGCUGCGGAGUGCAGGUGGCGCUGCCGCAACGCCCGGCUGCCUGCACGUGCUGUGUGGCGACACCAUCUUCGACCGGUGGCUCACCCUGGAAAACAAGUUUGCAGCGGAAAAGAUGGACGCCUUGCUGGAAUCAGAGUCUGCCUGGCGUCUCCAGUAUGGAGACAACAUGGCCGACGUAGACGAUCUAAUGGUGCCGGAGUGCACCGAAGCCUUCAUGACCGUUAUGCUGCUGAUCACAGACAGGUACAGCUCCUUGCCUUAUGCUUCGCACAAGAUGCGUUUCUUCGAGCUGCAGCUGACGCUGUUGGAGGACUUCAGGAUCCGACUGACGCAGCUGAUGCGGGACAAGCAUCCGCUGCAUGCCAGCUACUGCUCAAUUCUCAACGCCGUCAACUACAUCAUCCUGGUGCUGAAGGACUGGAGUGAUCUACCGGUGUUCCUCCAGAUGCAGUUUUAUAAAGUGCAAUACGAGAGCUUUCAGGCCAGUCAGCAUCUGGAGUCUGCCUCGGAUGUUGCCAUGGAAACAGAUGCUGACAUUUCAGAUGCUGCGUCGCAGCCAAUUUCACCAAUAGUGCCAAGAUUUCAACUGAGUGAGGUCUUCCAGGAUUUUGAUCCAAGCAAGCUGGACUUUAUUGAAGGUUCCAUCUUUGAUGAGACAAUCAAACUUCUUGAACACAUUCGCAACGAAAUGCUGCGGAACAUUGUCGAAACAACAGUGUACGACAUCAAAGCCAAGAGCCGGCCUUAUCGAAACAACAGGUGGCUGUCAUUGCUCUCACAGAAGGAGUACCUCAAGUUGACGCUGUCUGACUCAGGAUGUGAACUGUUCCUCGUGCUCAGGGACAGGCUUCAUCUGAUGGAGCAGCAGCUGUGUCGACCGCUGUUCGACGAGGCGUGGCAGAAGUUGGCCGAGCACCUAAACAAGUUUUUCUUCGAGGAGCUUAUAUUGAUGAAUAAUUUCAACGAAGGCGGUGCAGCACAGUUGCAGUAUGACAUGACGCGUGGCUUAUUUCCUCUGUUUGGCGAUUAUACACAAAGACCUGAGAACUAUUUCAAAGACGUCAAGGAAGCCUGCACCUUGCUAACGCUGAAGCCGGGCUCGGCGAUGCUGCUCAGCGAGGUGCUCGCCGUGGUCGUGCACGGCGGUGGCGGCGGCGACGACGACGACGACCGCACGAAGCGUGCCGACCCCAUCGCCGCGCUGCACGAGGGCGCCAUCUACCGGCUCGGCUGCGACGAGGCGUACCGGGUGCUGCACCUACGCACCGACCUGCAGCCGUGAGGCGAGCUCAGCUGAGGUGCAUCGACACACGGCGCUACCCACCUGCUCGUCUGCCAUCGCAUGCUAGUCAGGUUUCCGCGUCGCAUCCGAGAGACGAGGUCAGUCGGUGGAGCGCCCCAUGGAGGUGGAGAAUGAUCAAGCUAUCUAAAGAAGAACGGAGGGGAGGGCGGCAUAAUCAGCUAGAUGGGCGGGAGUCACUGGGGUUCAAAGGUCGUGCAUUAAGAGUAAACAUACUAUCAGGAGUACUAUAUAUAUAUGUGAUCAAGAGCAGAUAAAGAAGGCCUUCUUUAUACGCUCUUGAUGUGAUGAUAGCACUUGGCCCACUUCUUCUUAUCACAGGACACACGGCUAUUUAUUCAAGAGAACCAAGAUCUAUCAUUACUUGGACAAAAAAAUUAUAUGUUAUUGUGUACAUAUGUGUUAUAUGCUUUUCCAUGCCGGCGAGGGGCACAUUUUUGUUAUUAUUAACCACCGGAGUGAAUAAAAGCAAAUAUAUCGAUAUCGUUUCGUUAUUAGGAGUGAAUAAAAGCAAAGCGUUUUUAUUCACUCUUGAUAACGAACCUAUAUCAAUCAGUAGUGAUCAGUGGUCGUAUAAUUUUGUUAAAGUAAUUAUAUUUCCUGGUUGGAUUGUGAUAUUGUAUACUGUAACCGGGUUCCAGGGACAUGGUUAUCGCUGGCGAGAUCUCUAACAAACCUGACGCCGGGAAUGCAUCAGACAUUGAAUCUAUUACCGCUUGGUGGGGUUUUAUCGGUGGGGAUUCUAGUAAGCAUUACUAGUGUUACUUAUGGUUGUGUGGAGUUGUAGCUGGUACGACGGUAGUGGAUACAGUGCAAUCACUUGUUGAUAUGAGAAAUGCCUUGAGUUUCAUAAUGAGAUUUGUAAUUAAUGAAAAAUAAACGCUGCUUUCGUGUGAACCUUU